AUGGAUGCUUAUCAAUCAGGACAAGAGAAUAUUAAUUAUAAAUAUAGCUUUUGGUUAUGGUAUUAUAAUAUUUUUAAACGUAAUGAAAAGAAAUUGGAAAAAUUAAAAUUAUAUUAUAAUUCAAAAAAAUAUGCAGAAUUGUGUCAAUAUAUGAAAAAAUUAAAAAAUGGUUUAAAUAAUAUUGGUAAUUAUAAUGAUAAUAAUGGCAGUAAUGGUAAUGGUAAUAAUGGUGAUGAAGUUGAUAGAUAUAUUAAAGAAAAUUUUAAAAUGGUUUAA